AAAUGUUGGGCAGUAAUUAGACUUAUGGCAGUAAAAUGUGUGAAAAGUGAUUUGAAAAUUGAAAAAGCAAAAAUCCAAAAAUCUCUACUGAAAUCCAGCGUGAGCGCUUUCAAAACCCAAAAUUAGUUGGAAAAAUCAUUUCAGCAGUUUCUCUUAACUCAAUUACCAUCAACAUUUCAACAUUAUAAUUUCGUUGGAGCUCCAAGAAAGCGUUUCUAGAUGUUUUGAUCCUCGAUUAUGAAAUUAGGGCUUUCUCUCAACUUCGAUCAGUUUUGUGAAAGCUGCUUUUAAUGAUGUCAAGACCCUUGUUACUUGUCUUUCUACUGCUUAUACUUAUAAUCACCUCUCAGUUUGAGUGGCGACAACAACUUGUUGUUGACCUUGACACUACUCCAACUAUCAACCAGAAGCAGUACCAAAUCUCGAAGAGAGAAGAAGCUGUAAAAGAGAAGAUCAUCUUAUCACAAGAGAAGAACAUUCAGAGACUUAAUGAACUUGUACGAAGUCUGCAGGAACAAUUGUUGUCGUGCAGGGGCAAUAAUGGGACAACAAAUGGCACUGUAAACCACAUGACCAAGCAUGUUAUUGAGCUUGAACGACAGCAGAUUCUGGAGGACUAGGCAAUUGCUUUACAAGCCUCUGUUUAAAGAUUUGGUCUCUUGAUGUUGUAAAACCUUCAUCUCUCUGCCCAAUUUCGAUUUGAGGUUCCUUUUGAUGUAAGUUUUGUAUCUUUUUCAUUCAACUGAAACAUGCAUGAUGUUAAAGGGCCACCAUACCCAUCCGAAGUAAUUGACAAGUAAAAAAGCAUUGUAUUCUUAUAGUGAUCUAGUAUGACAUUCUCGUAGCCAGAAACUUAGAGCUAAAAUAAGCAUGAUAUGAUAAAAAAAACCUACAAAGUGGAAGUAAUUAUAUAUUGCUUCUUGUAAUAUUAAAAAAAUGAUAAUAAUUGAGACUAAAUAUUGUUGAUGAAA